UAUCGCGAGAGCGUCCCUCGUGGACUUCCGGUUGAAUAAUUGUGUACGGCGAGAAGGAACGCGCACUGUUGUCCUUUUCAGUUGUCGCUUGGGCAAAUUGUCGAUUGAAGAUUUGGAUGCCUGCUGUAUUUAACGGUCAAGAGCAUUUAUACCGAAAUGUCGGACGACUUAACGAAACAGUUGAGCAGCUACAAAGCCCAGCUACAGCAAGUAGAAGUCGCUCUAUCCACCGACCAAGAAAAUGAAGACCUCCUUAAACUCCAGAAAGACUUGCAGGAAGUCAUUGACUUGACAAAAGACCUCCUGACCUCACAGCCCGCAGAAAGUACUUCCAGUACCAAUGGCUCAGAUGCCGUACCCCAGAAGCAUGGCUGGAAAGUGGGGGACAGCUGUUUAGCUGUUUGGAAGCAGGAUGGACAGGUGUAUGAGGCUGAGAUCGAGGAGAUUGACCGGGAGAACGGCACUGCCGCCGUGACCUUCGCUGGCUAUGGGAAUGCAGAAGUGAUUCCUCUGCAGAACCUCAAGGAAGUAGAGGAGGGGAAACGUUCCAACGAGGAUGGAAAGCCCAAAUCAAGGAAAGAGCAGAUCGCAGAGCAGAGAGAGUACAAGAAGAAAAAAGCCCAGAAGAAGGUACUGAGAAUGAAGGAAUUGGAGCAAGAAAGGGAAGAACAAAAAUCCAAGUGGCAAAGUUUCAACAACAAAGCCUACUCGAAGAACAAGAAAGGACAGGUAAAGAGGAGCAUAUUUGCAUCUCCAGAAAGCGUCAAUGGGAAGGUGGGAGUGGGAACAUGUGGUAUCGCAGACAAGCCAAUGACCCAGUACCACGACACGUCGAAAUACAAUGUCAGACAUCUAAUGCCACAAUGACCUGAUAUUUCCUGUGUAAAAUAAUCACUGUGUACAACCUGUAUCGGUGCAUUUCCAUUGUUUCUACAAAAUUUAUGUUUCCCAAGUAAAGAAUGGAAUUGCUUGUGCGCCAUUGUUUGAAAUUUCGAUGUAGUUUUUCUUAUAUAUUAUGUAGGUACAACAACAAAACAUCCAAACGGGGGGGUGGGAAGGAUGCGGCCGGCUGCACGAGGACACGCGGUGUUGUAGAACAGCCGUAGAGUGACGUGUGUGUCUGGGCUCCACUGAAGACAAGAUAUGCACCUACAGAUUGGGUUUGUAAAAUUGAAGUGGGAUUUUAAACACUCACCUUUUAUGGGGGGGGAGUCUGAAUGUCAAUAGUGGUGUUCAAUUGACAUGCCGGAAUUUUUUGUUUUUAAAAUGUGUAUAUAACAGUGAAAUAAACAUUGUUUUGUUUUCUU